AUCCCUUUCGGUCUCCGCUGGCAUGGAAAGUACGUCACUUGUGAUCAGCGUGAAGGAAACUCAACAUAAUCAGUACCAAGCGAUGGCUGCCAUGAAAAGCAGACGAGUGUUUAUUUUGUACAUCAUUUUCGUAGUAUACGUCACGGUAGUGAUGCUGUUCAUAGCGUCGAUGCUGUUCAGGUCGGCAACCAGCAAGAAUGACGGGGUGAAAGGUCUGCCAAGAUACAUGAAUGAGGAAGAAGUAGGAAUGGUCAAGAUCAGGGGUGAUGGAACUCUGAAUGAGCAGCUUAAGAUAGCAUUUGAAAAAUCAGAUGAUAAUAAUGAUGGGUAUCUGGAGGAGCAAGAAUUGGCUGACUGGAUUCAAACCAAGGUAUCUGAACAUAUUACAGUGGGAGUGAAAGAGAACUUCAAAGUCUUCCUGAAACUUGACAAAAAUCCCAAAGAUGGGUGGGUCAGCCUGGCUGAAUACGUGGCACUCUUCCUGUCAUCUCGGGGUGCCAAGACCGAAAAGGAACUGAAACGCGAGGUCAAAGAGCAGCUGAUGCGGGAAAAGGCCGAAUUCUUCGAGAUCGCCAACGAGCAAAACCGGCUUACGAUCGACGAGCUGCUGAGGUUUCGCCACCCGGAAUCCAGUCACGCGAUGAUUCUGGAGCGGGUCACCCAACUGAUCGACACGCUCGACCAGGACGGCGAUGGCGCGCUGUCGGAGGAGGAGCUGCUGCUCCUGUGCGACCCCGCCUACCGGCCGUCGGACGAGGAGACGGCCCUGUUUCCUGUCAAGUCGAAACAGCAGAUGAAGGCGCUCCACACGCAGCUCGACCUGAACCCCGAUAAGCAGCUGGACCAGCACGAGAUUCUGGUGUUUGUUGACCCGCGGCACGGCUACCACGCCACGAGCGACGCGCGCCGCCUGCUGCAGCUGGCCGACGCCGACGGCGACGGUGCGCUGACGCUGACCGAGGUGCAGCGCCACGCCCGGCCCUUCCGCGUCAUUGUGGACGCGCGCCACAAGUUCCACCAGCCCGAGGACCGCCGGUAGGGGGCCGGCGCACUCUCUUGCGGGUACCGACGCGGGCUGGACGUUGUGACGGCCGUGUGCGCGGCUGGAGGAGGUCACGAAAAGAAGUGCAAUUGGUGAAGAAUAUGCAGGACAGAGUGCGUUAUAGUAAUCAUUCGUAUGUAGCCAUUUGACAAGUUUUUGUACCGUGAAGAAAGCGACCAACGCUCUGAGUAAGAAGCUCUCAAUGCUUGCGGUGUCAGCAAAAUGGACUCAAAAGCUCGUCAGAAGAGGUUUUUAGAAUUUGACCAAUAUUUACUUGGUAAUGUUCAAGCAAUAGUUCCUGGUGUAUCGAAGGCCGCUUAUUGUCAGCACAACACUCCAAAUGGGUGGUGCUGAGAAAUAAGGAGCUCAGCGCCGUUUUGUGUUUUGUUGAAGUGGAGUCUAUCAAUACUGGCAUGCCCGCUAGGAUCGGCAAGGGCCUCUCCACGGACUGCCAGGAGGGGCGGGUCGAAGGGUAACCUCACAGCGCCAAUGUCGUACAGCGUAACGGUGCUUGGCUUUCUGUGAAAUGCUGACUGUUAUUCAAACUGACCAAUUCCCAACGAUUAUCGAAAACCUGUGAUUAUCGAACGCAACCGACUCCGUCCAGUGGUCGCAUUGUGUGUGUGUACCGUUUUUGCAGGGAGAUUUGCGAGCAGCCUCGGCUGUUUUAGGGUUAUACUGGUAUAAGGCUAUAGCACUGUCGCAGGAGUAACGCACACAUUUCGCUAACUGCGGUGCAAGGGUGCGUGUCGUGUUCCUGUCACGUUUGCACGGUUUGCUGUGCUCAACACGCCGCAGCGGAACGAGCGCGGCAGUGGCCGGUGUUUUUGUAGGUGCAGUGGAUGCGUCCACACAUUCCGGAGGCCACCACCUCACUGGUGAUAUCACUCUUCAUCCAUGCGCUAAACUCGGUCAGGACCUGAAUUUGGGCUGGAAUGUUGCUCAGCAAGUCUUCCAGGAUAUUGUUUGUUUUGUAUACACUGUUGCGUGUUUCCGCGUAUUUUCUCAAGAUGGAUGUGGCCAGGCGUAAUUUCCUAACGACUGUAUCGCAUAUUGAAGUACCAUUGGCGCGCUGGACACGAGUGUGCCCACACCGUGGAGGUAUACACCAUGACAGAGCGGAAUACAUAUUUCGCGUACUA